GUCACAGAAUAUGUUUAAGUGAGACCCUUGCCAAACUGGAGCUCUUCCUGUUCUUCACAAGCCUCCUGCAGAGGUUCACCUUCCAGCCACCCCCCGGGACCACUAAAGAAGACCUGGACCUUACCCCUGCAACUGGGCUUUCCACACCCCCCAUGGCGUACAAAGUGUGUGCUCUGCCACGCCAAGAUCGCCUUUGUAACACAUUCUGCUCAUUAUGGAGGAGGGCUGAUUAUCAAGCUGAUUUGAAAUGUGGUCCUCACCACACUUCUUUAGGAAUUAUUUUUUCGCACGGCGAGAACUGGAAAGUGAUGCGGCGGUUUGCACUAACCACACUACGAAACUACGGCAUGGGCAAGAGGACCAUAGAGGACAAGAUCGUUGAAGAGUGCGGCUCUCUGAUAAAGGCACUUGAAUCCCAUGGAGGAAAACCCGUUGAAGGCACUACAAUUACGAAUGCAGCUGUUUCGAAUAUUAUAGUGUCUAUACUACUUGGCAAGCGAUUUGAAUAUGAUGACGCUAGAUUUCUCAGACUGCUAAAAUUAGUCAGUGAAAAUAUCCGGCUGGCGGGAAGCCCUUCAGUCUCGGUAAUCUUAACAGUUUAUGAACUGUUUGCUUUCAUAAAUGAAACCUUUAUCAAACACCUCAAAGAGCUGGAUGAAAAUGACCAACAGAGUUUUAUCGAUUCAUUUCUGAUUCGGCAGCAGGAGGAGGAAAAGAGCACGAGUACUGGCUUCUUCCAUAAGGAAAACCUAAGAGCUGUUGUGGCUAACUUAUUUGCUGCUGGCACGGAGACCACGUCAAGCACUCUGCACUGGGGCAUAUUGCUCAUGAUGAAGUACCCUGACAUUCAGAAUAAAGUCCAGGAAGAAAUUGCACAAGUCAUUGGUUCUGCUCAACCAAGGAUUGAACACAGAACAAAAAUGCCAUACACGGAUGCGGUAAUCCAUGAAAUUCAGCGCUUUGCCGAUAUAGUCCCAACAAAUUUGGCACAUGCAACCACCAUGGAUGUUACUUUUAAAGGCUACUUCAUUCCAAAGGUAAUCAUUUUCAUUUAA